AUGCCACUGCUACGGCGCAGGCUGCGCUGCCACUAUUGCAAUGUGCAGUCACGCGACAGUGUCUCAAAAAUCCCACAAACAUAUCUCUGCCCGCAUUGCGACGCACUCAAUCACUUUGACCAGCGCGGAAACAUCGCCGAUCCACCUCUAGAAGAGAUUACGACUGCAACCUCCACCUCACACCAUUACGCACGAUCCCGGUCCCCCACGCCCGGCAUGCAUGCACCCGCCGAGAACCUCUUCUGCGACAACUGUCUGCGCAAUCAAGCUGUCUACACCAAACUCCUCUCCGAAUACCUUCCAGAUGAAGAAGACCCGGAUUACGAAAAGUUCAUCGCAGCCUACGACGAUUACAAGCUUGAAGUCGAAAGCAGAUACCCGCAAGUCUGCGCAAAGUGCCUCCCUCGGGUCCAGGCACAGAUAGACAAUGCCGGCUAUGCUGCCAGAGCUGACCAUCUGCGGCGCAUCAUGGAGAUGAGUGAGAAGAAACGGGCCAUUACACAUACUUGGGGAGAGACGAUCAGAUCAUGGAUUGUGUCGACAGGCAAGUGGACAUACCUUUUGAGCUUGGUUGCAGGGAUAUUCUGGCACACAAUGGGGCUAAUGAUGGCCCCAAACGACGGCAUGUGGGAGGAUGAUAAGUUCUUUUUAAACGUAUGCCUUAGCCAGGCUGUCUCGGUCCGCUCAGUUGAUGAGAGCUGCGUACUCUCCAAAUACGUAGUGAACCUCGCAUGGAUUGCAACACUCGCAGACUUCCUAUCCGUAUGGUGGAACCCCAGACUGGAAGCCAUGGCAAAUGUUCUCACGGGCCGUAUGGUUGGUCUGAAGUCUCUUUGGUCGAUCCGUUUGACAGUAGUCGCCUUGCGAUCAUUGAGUCUCUAUUAUUGGCAAAGCGUCACUGUCGAUUACAAUUCCCUCGCAAACUUUCAGCGAAUGCACGCAAUGAUGAUCACCAUACUUCUACUUGGUUCCAUCCUUACCUGGAAGACCGUACGCAUCGUAUACCAAUCCCCAACCACCUUCAGACGAGCCACAUCACCCACCCUCCUCAGUGCCCCAAGCACCCCCCAAAAAUCAACGCCAGGUUCUGCAUUCCGCUCCGCCCACCCAAAUGCAGACAUAUACUCCAGUAUGGCGCAUUCCCUCGCACCCGCCAUCGACGGCGAAGAAACAAGCAACCUACCUCCCUCGCCUACCGCAACAGAAUCUUCGCGAGGCACUCCCUACUCGGACGUCACAACCCCUCUCUUCGAGCGCAACGCCUUCCUCUCCGACCAAGAUGAUAUGGACUGGACACCCACUCGCCGCCGCUUCGCCUCUCAAGAGCCUCAAGUUCUGCCAAACCAAUGGUCUCAACGCGACACUACGCGCUCCCCCUCCCCACAACCUCACUACGCCCACCGCGAGCCCGUCUCCUUAUUCAGCAAGCCCGAUCCCAACCCUUUUCGCCACCGUGUUCCCGAUGCGCCCAAGGUGCCCGCCCACGCAAAGGCCAAUCCAUGGAAACCGGGCAUCUGGGAUCCGCCACUCAAAAACACGACACCAAACUUCUUCAAGGAGACGCGCAAUGCACAGGGUGGAGUGGGACAGGCAAAAGGGUUGGAUGGAAUAGGCGUCCCCAAGAAUGUCAAGCGGGAUUCCGAGUUAUUCGCCAGCCCAAAGAUGAAGUUUGAUUUUUAUGGUACGCAGAAGGAGACGGGGCUUGAGGAUACGUUUAAUGGGUUCUUCUUGAAGUAA